GUGCUUUUCUCAGCUCCAAAUGCCCGCCAACCUCCGUAGCAGUCCCGCUCCCAGAGGAACCUGGCGGGCUCGCGGGUGGGAGCGCUGUCACCGGUGGGCGGUGCUUAGGAGGCUUUCGCCCUCUUCCAAGAGGGCCGCCUCUGCCUCUGUGACAGGCCUGGUCACGUGGGCAUGUGCGCCUAUGAGGUCGCUAGGGCUGGGUCCGCAAUUGUCCCUUCCCGGCCCCUAUCCCGAGGCGGCGCCGGCCUCUGUCAACUGGAGCCUGAGCGAUCAUGGCAACGGACUCGGGCGGGGAGCGCGUGGCAGCGGCGGCGGCUGCAGCAGUUUGUUCGCGGGCCCGGGCGGCGGAGCGGCGGCGGCGGCGGUGGCACCGGAGCUGGCACCUGCCCUGAGCACCAUGCUGCGGGACAGCUCCGGGAGCGAGCUGGCGGUCCGCUGGGAGGCGCGGGCGGCGGCGGCCCAGGCUAAAGCGCAGGCGGCCAGGCAGCUGCGCGUGGACGCGGGCGCCGCCGGGGAGCCGGAACGCAGCGCGCGGGAGCCGCAGUCCCGGGAUUCGGCGCCGACGUCGGCCCGCGGGGCCGAGGAGGGGGACGGCCGCGGCCCCUCCCGGCCGCCGCCCAUGCUGCCCCAGGCCCGGCAGAAGCUGGAGGCGGCGCUGGGGUCCUGCUCGCGCGCCAAGCCCAGGAGCAAGGGCCAGAGCAGCCGGCGCGGCGUGGGCCGCCAGAGCGACGAGCGCGGCCCCAAGCGGCCGGUCACCGUCGACAGCUCCAAGGCCAAGACCUCCCUGGAAGCCCUGAAGAUCAGCAUCCGGCAGCUCAAAUGGAAGGAGUUCCCGUUUGGCCGACGUUUGCCUUGUGACAUCUACUGGCAUGGAGUUUCAUUUCAUGACAAUGAUAUAUUCUGUGGUCAAGUGAACAAGUUUCCAGGCAUGACGGAGAUGGUGCGUAAAAUUACUCUGAGCAGAGCAGUGAGAAUCAUGCAGAAUCUCUUUCCUGAGGAGUACAACUUCUAUCCUCGCUCAUGGAUUCUGCCUGACGAGUUCCAGCUCUUUGUUGCUCAGGUUCAAAUGGUAAAAGAUGGUGACCCCUCCUGGAAGCCCACUUUUAUUGUGAAACCUGACAGUGGUUGUCAGGGUGACGGAAUCUACCUCGUUAAAGACCCCAGUGACAUCCGCUUGGCUGGAACCCUCCAGAGCAGGCCGGCAGUGGUCCAGGAGUACAUCUGCAAACCUCUCCUCAUUGACAAACUCAAGUUUGAUAUUCGUCUGUAUGUCUUACUAAAGUCCCUAGACCCCUUAGAGAUUUAUAUAGCCAAAGAUGGACUCUCUAGAUUUUGUACAGAGCCCUAUCAGGAGCCCAACUCCAAAAACCUACACCACAUCUUUAUGCACUUGACCAACUACUCACUGAACAUCCAUAGUGGGAACUUUGUCCAUUCGGACAGUGCUAGCACAGGCAGCAAAAGGACUUUUUCCAGCAUUCUCUGUAGGUUGUCUUCCAAAGGUGUGGACAUCAAGAAGGUCUGGUCUGAUAUUAUCUCCUUGGUGAUUAAGACGGUCAUUGCCUUGACUCCAGAGCUCAAAGUUUUUUACCAGUCGGAUAUCCCAGCAGGGAGGCCAGGGCCAACCUGCUUUCAGAUUCUCGGCUUUGACAUUCUUCUAAUGAAAAAUCUGAAGCCUAUGCUGCUUGAAGUAAAUGCAAAUCCCAGCAUGAGGAUUGAACAUGAACAAGAACUUUCUCCAGGAGUCUUUGAAAAUGUCCCCAGCCUUGUUGAUGAGGAAGUGAAAGUGGCUGUGAUUAGAGACACCCUGCGUCUCAUGGACCCACUAAAGAAGAAAAGAGAGGCCCACUUUCCCGAUAUCUGUAUGGACAGAAAACAGAGGUUCCCUGAAGUUUCUGACAGAAUGUCUUCAUCGAAGCUUCAGCUUUCAAAGCUCUCCAUAGUCAGGUCAAAGCAGCCUGAGAAGCCAUUAGCUGCAAAGGAAGAUCACCCUAACAGUGAACAAGCCAGUACCUCAGAGAGCAACACUGAAGCUCACCUGCCCUCCAUCUGUCUCAAGCAGGUCUUCCCCAAGUAUGCAAAGCAGUUCAACUACCUGCGCCUCGUAGACAGGAUGGCAAAUUUGUUUAUCCGCUUUCUGGGAAUCAAGGGAACGAUGAAGUUGGGACCGACAGGCUUUCGCACGUUCAUAAGGAACUGCAAGCUCAGCAGUGGCAACUUGACCAUGGCUUCUGUGGACAUCCUCUACAUUGACAUCACAAGGAGAUGGAACUCCAUGACCCUGGACCAGCGGGACUCAGGCAGAUCCUGGGACUGUGGGAGCUUCUCUCCUCCAGUGCCACCACUGACAUAUGAUGUCGCUGCCAAGGAACUCAGUGCAAGUCACAGUGUCCAUAGCCUGGGAGCCAACAGGCAGCCUCCUAGGGAAGAAUGUGCACCUGACCUGCUCAGCAAGACCUUACAUGACUGAGGUGCUUUCUUCUUGGUAGCAAGUGGGUGUCCCUUCCCACACUUUCCCGCUGAUCGCGUCUAUGUAGGGAGGAGGAAGCCUUAUGUAAGCGCAGCCUCAUGCAACCUUCUGUCAGUUUGGCACUCCAGGGCCUAGGAAACUCCCUUCCUCCUUAAGUCUCAGGGGAAAUGUGGUUCUGUUCUGAACAGGGUCUGUUUGACACCCACUGACAGCAGUCUGAGCUCUUGCAAUCUUUGAGGUUACCCUGCCAGCCUCCUUGCCAGCCUCUGUAGCCCCACCCCUCUCCCCCGCCCCAGCCUCACCCUACUUGCCUCCCACAUACCCCAUAUAGACCAGCAGGCUUCCCUCCCUGCCUCUGCUUGUGCUCUCCCUCCUACCUGUGAUUCCCUCCCCAGCCUUGGCUGCCUGAACAAUACUCACAUAUGAGGCCCUUCUUGGUGAAGCUUUCAGUCCCUCUUCCUGCUUCCCUGCCAAACACUCAGCCUUUUCUAUGCUGUGUAUGUUCUUGGGACAUCCCUCCAGUCUGAUCUUGAUGGAUCAUAAGUCUGCACUUGUCUGUACUGCUUUUCAGCUGCCCCCAGUAGAUACUACACUCCUGAGUGAUGUCUGGGUCCAGGGCAUAACAGAGAGAAAGUUGAUUGAUUGAUUGAUUGAUUGAUCCAGUGGAUGGAUGGAUGGAUGGAUGGAUGGAUGGAUGGAUGGAUGGAUGGACGGACGGACGGAUGGAUGAUGGGACUAUUACUGUGCUCCUCAUUCUCAGGAGAGACUAACUUCAGAAUCCCUGGUAGUUCCUUGUUCCCUGAGACACAUGACAUGUGGCUUCAUCUCUGUCUCUUCCUCUGUCAUUGGUGCUAGAUGAUCUUGAGCAAGUCACUUGCUCAGUGCUUCCACAGUAGCAAGCUAUAACAUAGAACUCUACAUGUAGUUCAAUUAGAGGAGGUAGUAGAAUUCUAACCAAGCCAGGACUCUCCCCUCACUCUGCAUUUGUGGUGGCCCCACUGGUUCCCAGAUAAUAGAGCUCCUGAGUGUGAGUACAGUGAAAGAAACAUUUUUGUGCAUUAAUAAAAUUACCUUCUCUAAAGAAGACAA